GACGGGCUGCAGGCUGGUCGCGAACAGCAGGGGGCGCAGCCGCAGGCCGUCUCCAUUGCUGCUCCCGGUCCCGGGGUGAGCUGGAGAUCAGCAGUGUGGUGCGGAGCAAAGAUCUCGCUAUAGGAUCUUUGGUGCGGAGUGGGAAACUUCAACACUCCACUCAAAAGAGGAUUUGAUUGCAUUGCUGGUGACCAUGGCGGCUCCUGAGGUUAAGGAAGGCAAGGUGGAAUUUGAAGGACAGGAGCUGUUUUACAUACGAGUGAGCCCCACUGAGCAGCCCCCCAGACUUUCUGUCCUGCUCCUCCAUGGCAUUAAUUUCUCCUCAAAGACUUGGCUGGAUCUUGGAACGCUCCAUAAGCUGGCAGAGGCUGGAUACCAGGCUGUGGCUAUUGACCUACCAGGCAGAGGCAAGUCGAAUGAAUCCACUGCUCCAACCAGUGUCGGAGAUCUGGCUCCUGACAGUUUCCUGCUGGACGUACUGAAGAGUUUGGAGCUGGGUCCGGUGGUGAUAGUCAGUCCAUCACUGAGUGGGAUGUACUCACUGCCAUUCCUAUUUGGCCACAGUGAUAUGGUGAAGGGCUUCAUUCCUGUGGCUCCCAUCUGCACAGAGAAGUUCUCCCACGAGCAGUACAGGAAUGUACAGACCCCAACACUGAUAGUCUACGGUGGUGCGGAUAAGCCAAUGGGAGAGACGUCAUUCAACAAUCUGAAAAACCUGUCUAACCACAAGGUGCACAUAAUGAAGGAGGCACUCCAUGCCUGUUACAUGAGUAAUUCCGAGGAAUGGCAUCAGACAGUGCUGGAGUUCCUGCAGGGUCUGUGAUAAACCACCUUGGACGGAGACCACAGCAGUAGAAAUAGUGAUUUAUAUUAAUCAUUCAUUUAUUAAUGCGCCAAUAAGAAAACAUUUUUAGUCCCCUAUAUCUUUCCUCCAAUGUUGCAGAUUUAUUAUAACUUCCGACCUUAUGGUCAGACCUUCAUGCCAAUCCACCUGUGCUCACCAGCACUUAGGUGUGUGAAUAUAGAUGACUCUGAACUGUGCACAGAAACAUCACAAUUUCAGCAUCUGCAGUCCCUGUGUCAGAUUACUUUUGUUUCCUUCAGUCAUGCUACAUAAAUUCAUCAAAAGGAAUGUGUGAAGAAAGGCUUUUACUCUUCUGUGCCCAGUUAUUGGCUGAAAGGUUAGCCAUGCAGUUUGCUGCAGGAUUCAGUGAAUGCAGUCUAUUAAGGCAGCAACUGUACCAUAGCACCAAUGGGCUGGGCAUGCAUCAUCUAGAAGCAAGAGUGGGAGGUGCAUGUUGAACUUCACCAUACAACUCCAAGGCUGCCAGUUGAGGCUUGUGAUGGUCAACUCCGUUAUAGUCUAGUCUCUCCAAAAAGGGUUGCAGUUAGCCAAGCUCAAUUUAGUGGGGAGAAUAGAGUGUUGAUACUACUCGUCGCACAUGUGGAAGAUCCUGUCAAUGUAUCAAUGCAGUUUGAAAUUGUCACUCCAAGUCUUACAGCUACUGUCUUUAACUUGAUAGCAGCCUAUACCUGUUAUUCAUGCUAUACCUGUUAAUCAUGGGUAGGAGACAAGAACACCUGUUGGACACAAAUUCAUAUAAAAUGGCAUGUAUGGAGUCAGAUGUUGCAAGACAGCUCGUUCAUUAAAACUCGUAUCCCAAAGCAUCUGGAGGUGAGACACUCAGUAACUCUGGCUUCUAUUGUAACAUCUUCCUUGUAGAUACCCAAUUCCUUGCCUGGUGCUCUUUCAUGGCAGUGGAAAGAUUCCUAUGACAACAGACCAAAGGUGCAGGAGUAGGCCAUUCGUCCCCUUGAGCCAGCACCACCUUUCAAUGUGAUCAUGGCUGAUCAUCCACAAUGAGAACAGAAGAAUAGGAGUGAUAAAAUUGUUUAAAAUUGCUCAGGGAAUUGUGUAUUUUGCUGGGUGAAAACCUGAUAAUUGAAUACUUUAACAUGGCUCAAGAACCCACGAAGGAUGGAAAAUAGUCAAAUGAAUUUUUCAGAUGUCAAUUUGGUAGUUUUCACUGAGAGGCAAGGGUGUUGGGUUACCAAACAAUGUGAAAUAGUGUUGAGGUGUAGAUCAGCUGAAUCAUCUAAAUGGCUGAUGGAUAUUAAGAGCGGGAUGGCAGAAUCCUAAACACACAUCUUGCACUGCCAACCUUCAAGGUUACAGUGAGUGUUGACAGAGGCAUUGGUGAUGAGUGGAUUUACUUUGGCUUAUCUUAGCAUAUUCAUGGCUUCCCUUCAAUUCAUAAAGAAGAUAUACUUGUAUUGCCAGCAGCUGUAUACGUAAAGUGAUUGGUACACAUACUGUGGAUUAUUGGAGUAAACAUAAACCAGGAUCUACAGUAUUUCCCUGUGACCCAAGCCUCAGAGGCUUCGAGCUACAAUCUUGUUUUUCUCAUUGAACACCAACCAUGCCUAGAACUUAACUUGCAGAGCCAAGAAAUGUGAUGGUUAGAAACAGGUCUCCAGUUAAGGAGGACCUGAGCUCAGCACAAUUUCCAUGACAUAAAUCAAACGUAAACAAGAUUCAAAACUCAAUUGUAUGAGUGAUAACAGUGAGGGCAGUGAUAAUAAUGCGCAGCUCAAUCUGCAUUCAGCUGUUCCGUUUGGAAUUUAAAUGUGCCUUCCAGGGGAUUGGGAGCAGACAGAUAGCAUGUUACGCACUCUGUUAGAGGAAUGGAAUGUAAAAAUCAGAUAGUUGUACUACCACUGCUUGUCUGAGAAAGUUGCAUUUCAAUCUCAUAGACCAAAAUGUGUGCAUUUUACAAAAAUAGUUAUCAGGAUGAAGUUUGUGGACAGAAGUUGUAGAAAUACAUCUCUAGUUGGCCCAUGUUGUCUACUCAACUAACAAAGUUAUUUCCCAGGGGUAGGAGUUAUUGCCAAUGUUGGAGGCUUGGAAUGUAUGGGUAGUUAUAACGUCAUCUUCCUUGAUGAUUAUAUUCGGGGAACCAUCUCAGAUUUUACCUAAUUGUAUUUGGCACCUACAUCUGAACUCUCCAGCUCUUGUUUAUUAUACAGAUGCUCCUCUUUCCAAAGUAAUUGUAAAUGUGAACACAUGCAUUAAUCAUUUUUGAGUGCUUGUAGAAAAGUCAAAAACAUUUCCCCUUGAUCAGCCUUUCCAUAAUCACCUUGAUUAUUGGUAUAAACUCUAAUUACACGAACAUCGCACUAAUAUUAAAAAGAGCAAUUCAUAACCAAA